AAUCCGUCGGCACGUAGCUGCCGGACUGACGAGGCAAGCCAUCAGGGCCUUCGACGACAUGGAAGCGUUUGUGGGGAGGGAGCCCAAUGGAGACGAAUUCAAGAUGCUACUUGACACCCUCUGCAAAUUGCAACAGAGCUAUUCAAUAAAAGGAAAUAUAAGUAUGAGCCUGAUGAAAAGACAUAUACGAUACUGGUCUACGGUUGGUGUAAAGUAAACCGACAUGACAUGGCGCAGCGAUUUUUAAAUGAAAUGGUUGAUCAAGGGUUAGAACCAAAUGUGGUCACAUAUAAUAUUCUGCUGAAUGGGAUGUGUAGGAGGGUUAGCUUACAUCCGGAUUACCGGUUUGAUAGAACGAUCCAAGCUGCUGAGGGCCUUUUAAAUCAGAUGUGUGACAGAGGCAUUGAACCAGAUGUCACCAGCUAUUCUAUUAUCCUUCAUGUUUACAGUCGAGCCCAUAAACCAGAAUUAUCACUUAGUGUGUUCCACUCGAUGAAAGAUAAAGGAAUUUCCCCAACUAUAGCAACAUACACGUCACUAAUCAAGUGUCUUGCUUCAUGUGGAAGACUAGAAGAUGCUGAGGAAUUGCUUAGUGAGAUGAUGCAUCAUGGAAUCUGCCCUACUCCAGCUACAUAUAAUUGUUUUUUCAAGGAGUAUCGAGGAAGGAAAGAUGCGGAUGGUGCUAUAAAACUGUAUAGGAAGAUGAAGGAAAUGAACCCAAUGGGCGGUCCAGAUAUUCAUACAUAUAAUAUAUUACUUGGAAUGUUUUCAAAAUUAGGUCGCAUGCAGAUUAUCCAAGAAAUAUGGAAUGAUAUGGGUGUUACUGGUAUUGGACCUGACUUGGAUUCCUAUACUUUAUUGAUUCAUGGUUUGUGUGAGAAGCAAAAAUGGAGGGAAGCUUGUCAUUUUUUCAUGGAAAUGAUAGAGAAAGGGUAUCUUCCACAGAAGAUCACAUUUGAGACUUUGUACCGGGGACUGAUACAGUCAGAUAUGUUGAGGACUUGGAGGAGAUUAAAGAAUAAGGUUGAAGAAGAAUAUCUAAAGUUUGGUGCUGAGUUUCAACAAUAUCACUUCAAACCUUAUAAGAGAUAACUCAGAUAGUGGAGCUACUAAUGAUUCCUUCAAAGACAAUGUAAUGUACUUCUGAUCACCACAAAUUGGCAGUUCUAGAUGAAUUUUCAUGCCAUUUGUUGCAGAGUGUUAUUACUUUGAUAAAAAAAAAUCUAGUAUGUCUUGGAAGUGGGCAGUAUUUAUUGAAAGAUUCAUUGUCAUUAAACUUA